GCGGCCACCGCUCGGUGCCCGCAGCCGCUCGGUGCCCGCAGCCGGCGCGGCGUUGCCCCCCUGCCGAGGACUGCCGCGCUCGUCGCACGAGUGGCGGCGGGGGGACCCGCCCCGCGGGGCCGCCUCUGCCCCUUCCCCGCCGCGCCGUUAAUGGAAACAUGGCGAUGGCGGCUCCGACCGGCAGCGCGGCGCCCGUCGCCCCGGCCCUCUGCGGCCACCUGGCCCUGCUGCUGCUCCUCGCCGCCCCCGCCGUCCACGGCUACAGCUUCCCGCAGCAGCACACUAUGCAGUACUGGGCCAGGAGGCUGGAACAGGAGAUUGAUGGAGUGAUGAGGAUAUUUGGUGGCGUCCAGCAUCUCAGAGGGAUCUACAAUGAGAAUAAAAACCUGUUUGAAGUCAAGGAAAACGUGCCCAGGAAACUGGUGGAGAAGGUUGCAGGGGACAUCGAGAGCCUCUUGGCCAAGAAAGUCCGUGCUUUAAAGAGACUUGCCAACGCGGCGGAGAAGUUCCAGAAGGCUCACCACUGGCAGGACAACAUCCGGGAGGAAGACAUCGAGUACUACGACUCCAAGGCCGACACCGAAUACGAUGAUCCCGAAGGAGAAGAGUUCGAGAGGGAGAAGUCUAGCUCCAACUCCUUGAAGCUGGAGUUCACGGAUGACCCCAACUUCAAGACCAAGGUUAACUAUUCGUACGCUGCUGUGCAGAUCCCCACGGACAUCUACAAAGGCUCCACGGUCAUUCUCAACGAGCUGAACUGGACGCAGGCGCUGGAGGAUGUCUUCAUCGAGAACCGCAAGGAGGAUCCCUCCCUGCUCUGGCAGGUGUUCGGCAGUGCCACCGGCGUCACCCGCUACUACCCCGCCACCCCGUGGAGAGCUCCCAAUAAGAUCGACCUCUACGACGUGCGCAGGCGGCCCUGGUACAUCCAAGGCGCCUCCUCCCCAAAGGACAUGGUCAUAAUUGUGGACGUGAGCGGCAGUGUGAGUGGCCUCACCCUCAAGCUGAUGAAGACCUCAGUCUAUGAGAUGCUGGACACCCUCUCAGAUGAUGACUACGUCAAUGUGGCCUCAUUCAAUGAGAAGGCAAAGCCGGUGUCAUGCUUCAAGCACCUGGUACAGGCUAACAUCCGGAACAAGAAGGUCUUCAAGGAGGACGUGCAGGGAAUGGUGGCCAAGGGCACAACCGACUAUAAGGCUGGCUUUGAGUACGCCUUCGACCAGCUGCAGAAUUCCAACAUCACACGUGCCAACUGCAACAAGAUGAUCAUGAUGUUCACGGAUGGCGGUGAGGACCGGGUGCAGGACGUCUUUGAGAAGUACAACUGGCCCAAUAAGACGGUGCGGGUCUUCACCUUCUCCGUCGGGCAACACAACUACGAUGUGACCCCGCUGCAGUGGAUGGCCUGCGCCAACAAAGGUUACUACUUCGAAAUCCCCUCCAUCGGCGCCAUCCGUAUCAACACGCAGGAGUACCUGGAUGUGCUGGGCAGACCCAUGGUCCUGGCUGGGAACCGAGCCAAGCAGGUUCAGUGGACCAAUGUCUACCAGGAUGCCCUGGGGCUGGGCCUGGUGGUGACAGGCACGCUGCCGGUGUUCAACCUGACAGAGGACAGCAGUGACAGGAAGAACCAGCUCAUCCUGGGCGUGAUGGGGAUCGAUGUGGCUCUCAAUGACAUCAAGAGGCUGACACCGCGAUACAACCUGGGGGCAAACGGUUACGUCUUCGCCAUCGACCUGAAUGGCUACGUCCUACUGCACCCCAACCUGCAGCCCCAGAUCAUCAAUUUCCGUGAGCCGGUGACGCUGGACUUCCUGGAUGCUGAGCUGGAGGAUGAAAACAAGGAGGAGAUCCGGAGAAGCAUGAUUGAUGGGAAUGACGGGCAGAGGUUCAUCAAGACCCUGAUCAAGUCCCUGGACGAGCAAUACAUCGACGAGGUGUUCAGGACCUACACGUGGGCCCCCAUCAAAAGCACCAACUACAGCCUGGGUCUGGUUCUGCCUCCCUACAGCACCUACUACAUCCAGGCCAACCUCAGCGACCAGAUUCUGCAAGUGAAGUUACCAAACAACAAAAUGAAGGAUUUUGAAUACCUGCUGCCCAACAGCUUUGAGUCGGAGGGACAUGUGUUCAUUGCUCCCAGAGAGUAUUGCAAAGACCUCGACUUGUCGGAUAACAACACCGAGUUCCUGGAAAACUUUAUUGCCCUCAUGGAAAAAGUGACCCCAGACUCCAAGCAGUGUGACAACUUCCUCCUGCACAACCUGAUCCUGGACACAGGCAUCACACAGCAGCUGGUGGAGCGGGUCUGGAAGGACCAGGACCUGAACACGUACAGCCUCUUGGCUGUCUUCGCAGCCACUGAUGGGGGCAUCACCCGCGUCUUCCCUAACAAGGCUGCAGAUGACUGGGAGGAGGAACCAGAGCCCUUCAACGCCAGCUUCUACCGGAGGAGCCUGGACAACAAAGGCUACAUCUUCAAGCCGCCCUACCGGGAUGCCGGCUACCGGGCGCUGGACCUGGAGAACAACACCAUCGGGAUCCUGGUGAGCACCGCUGUGGAGCUCAGCAUCGGGGGCAAGACACUGAAGCCAGCAGUGGUGGGGGUGAAGCUGGACUUGGAGGCCUGGGCUGAGAAGUUCAAAGUGCUGGCAAGCAACCGGACAGACCGUGACCAGCUGGGCGCCCGCCGGUGCGACCCCUCGACCAGCUGCGAGAUGGACUGUGAGGCCAACAACAAGGACCUCAUCUGUGUCCUCAUCGAUGAUGGGGGCUUUCUGGUGCUCUCCAACCAGGAGGACCACUGGUACCAGGUGGGCAAGUUCUUCAGUGAAGUGGAUGCCAACCUGAUGUCCGCUCUCUACAACAACUCCUUCUAUGCCCGCAAAGAGUCCUAUGACUUCCAGUCAGUCUGUGCCCCCGAGGCCCAGAGCAACACGGGUGCUGCGCCCCGUGGCGUCUUCGUGCCCACUGUGGCCGAUCUCCUGAACCUCGCCUGGUGGACUUCAGCCACAGCCUGGUCCCUCUUCCAGCAGUUCCUCUAUGGCCUCACCUACAGCAGCUGGUUCCAGACGGAGGAGGUGGCAGGAGACAGCAUGGAGGCCAGGGAGACAAGCUGCAUCAUGAAGCAGACGCAGUACUACUUCAGCACUGUCAACGCCACCUACAAUGCCAUCAUUGACUGCGGCAACUGCUCCAGGCUUUUCCACGCACAGAGGCUGGCCAACACCAACCUGCUCUUUGUGGUGGCUGACAAGCCUCUCUGCAGCCAGUGCGAGUCCAUCAAGCUGCUGCAGGCAGAGGUAAGAGCCCCCCCGAGGGACCCCAACCAGUGUGAGCUGGUGGACAGGCCCCGCUACCGGAAAGGCCCCCACAUCUGCUUUGACUACAAUGCAACAGAAGAUACCUCAGACUGUGGCCGAGGGGCUUCCUUUGCCCCCUCCCUGGGGGUCCUGCUCUCCCUGCAGCUGCUGCUUCUCUACUCCAGCGCCAGCCAGCACCCACUGCCCCCGGCCGUCUGCCUUUAGCCCCCCUGGCCACCCCCACUAGCUCUCUUUUCUUUCAAGCUCCAUCUCCAUCCCCCUCCCUGGCCCAGUGGAGCAACGUCCCCUCUGCCUCCUUGGGGACCCCUGUGAUGCCGCCCACGCUCCCCACCGGCCGCAGCCAAAGAAGAGUUGGGGUGUGGGCAGGGGCUCCCCGGCAGAGCGGGGACCGGGUCAGUGCCCCAGCGUCAUGCCCGCCCAGCCGCUUGGGACUUGGAAAGUGGUGUCAGCACCCUCUACCCACGACCCCUCCAUCCACCUCGCCUAUUUUUUUAGCCUGAAGAUUUUAAAGCAGAUCUUUAUACAUUGAGUUUCCAACAUUUUCGCCUGGAGACCGGCGGUGUUUAUUGUCAGCAACAAGGACACAUAGAAAAAAAAAAAAGGGGGGGGGGGGGGGGGGGGAAGAAAAAAGGACUUGACUUGACUAUGUGGGUCAGUAUUAUUUUUUCCAGCGAGUACCGGCCCCCUCCCCCCCGGCCCCGCAGGCAUGCAGGGCAGUGGGUGGCUCCAGAAUCCUUGGGGGCAGGGGCAGAGGCGGAGGGGGAGGGGGGAGCUGCUGACCAUGAUUGGGGUGGGAUGGAGCCCUGAUACCUGCACUGGGCUCAGCCGCUCCAUGCGUCCUUGGGCACAGAUACUGGGUUGAAAAACGGGGCAGGGGGAUGGGGGGGCGUGGAAUGUAUUUUGUUUCUUUUCCGUUCUGCAGAUCACUGUGAAAUCCUGCCCUGCCCACCCCAGCCCUGCCCGGGCCCCCCAGCCACCCUCGCCCCUUGCCCACCCACCCCCCCCCGCGGUAGCCCUGCCAAAGAAACGGUGCUGCUUGUCCAUGAGGGGACAUGGCACUGCUCCGGCGGGAUGUGCCUCGCAUCCCUGAGCGGGAGGUGGAGCAGAAGCUGCCACACGUCCCCAGAGGGACAUGCCAGGCUCCCAUGCCCAUCCCUCAUGGCACUAGCACGGGGGCUGCUGGCCGGCCGCAGCGAGGGUAGCUGCUUCCAGGGGUGCUGCUGACGUCCCAGAUGAGGGCACCCAGUGCUGGGAGGGCAGGAGGUGCCUCGGCAGCGCAGUGUCCUAGGGUGCUGGGGCUCACCCCAGGGCACUCAGGUGGGGGUGUCGUCCCCCCAGCCAAAACACUGGGUGCCAAGGAGGGAGAUGGAGCAGCUGCUCAGCCACAGCACCCCACUGCACCCCACCACCCCAGCCAGGAGAACUGCCACAGGGCUGGGGGGGGCCCAGUGCAGGGUGCCCAGCCGUGACACUCCAGGGUGCUGCAGUGCAGGGGGUGCCAUACCCACCAUCCACGCCCCCACUGCUCCCGGCAGCGCCAGGGGGGCCCCUGCCUGGGUGGGCUGCCUCGGGGGACACUCACCCCCAUGGGGACCCUGCUCAGAGCCACCCCAUCAACUGGGUCUGGGGGAGCCCCCUCGGCAUGGCCACCCCGGGUGGGGCUGGGGAGGGUGCCAGGCACUAAUUAGUGCUGGGGUUAAUUAAUGGUCAUUCUGCUUGUAGCUUUUUCAGUGUGUGUUUGGUUACUGUCUCUGGGAACUGUGUUUGAACAGAUGGCUCUGUGUUACCGGGAGUGUGUGUACUUCUGUAGUCUAGUUAGGUGCUCUGCCAGAAAACCACCACUAUACAUACCUAUAAAUAUAUACAUAUAUAGUCUAUUUUAAGUUAAAAACCAAUGAGAUGAAGAGGCAGCGUGGCCCCAGGCCCCCCAUCCCACCGGGGUCGCGUCCUGCCCCAUCCCCACCUGAAAGCUUCUCUCUGCUCAUUCAAAGGCAUUGGGGUUUUAAUUGAUUUUCUUUAAUUUAUUUUUUAUUUCUUUGGGUUUUAAUUUUUUUUUGUACAGAAGAGUUGGAAAACUUAAAAAAACAACAAAAAGACAAUUUGUAAGAUAUCGUGCGUGUGACUCCUUGUAAAAUAUUUUCAAAUGGUUUAUUACAGAGACUCAGUUAUUAAAUAAUGUUCAUAUUUUCACUUCA